AUGCCUACUUACACGAUACCCUCCGCGGACGGACUGUCGCCCGGCUCGGGGCCUAUUGGUUUCGGCACACCAAUAUACGAAGGCCUUGAUAAUGGCUUACAGCAAGGCUUCAACACCAUACCUACUCUCAUGCCCGAGUACCAGUGGUAUGCUAGCCGUGCAACUCGACCCAACAACAUUGAGCUGUGGACCGUUCAGGAUGGCCAAGUGACGCUCCCGCUCGGGGAAUGCUUUUGCAUAUUUGCCAUGGGAAGCGACGAACAAUAA